GCUGUAUGUUUGAUGAAUCACUAUAGCUUUUUACAGCUGGUUUCCUAACAGGGGAGCAGAACUUCUUCAAUAUGCUCGUCGGAUUAUGGAAUUUCCCAGCGUCACUUGCCUUCGCUGUCUAUUCUUAUACGCACCUUCUUCACGGCGCAAACAUGUCCACGCACCUACCGCAAGCAACGGUAUUACGCUUCCGCUCCACCGCCUAUCCGAUACCUUCUCCCUCACAUCGCAGCUUAUCAUACCAUGUCAGACCCGCCCUCCCCUCGCGCAUGGUGGAAAUCCGCGAUCGUGUAUCAGAUCUACCCCAUCUCUUUCUUUGACUCUAAUGGCGAUGGCAUUGGUGAUCUGAAUGGGAUCCAUGAAAAGCUCGACUACCUCAAAGAUCUUGGUGUCGACGUCUUAUGGCUCUCUCCCAUCUAUAGCUCGCCUUUGGCCGAUAUGGGAUAUGAUAUCUCGGAUUAUCGUAACAUUGAUCCUCGGUAUGGGACACUUGAAGAUUACGAUCGUCUCCUCAAGGGAGUUCACCAAAGAGGAAUGAAGCUGAUAUUUGUCGAUGUCACUAGGAUGGAUCUCGUCGCAAACCACACAUCGGAUGAGCAUGACUGGUUUGUACAAUCACGAUCCAGCAAGGAUGACCCCAAAAGGGACUGGUACAUCUGGCGUCCUCCCAAAUAUGAUGUCGACGGUGAACGUCUCCCGCCUAACAACUGGAAAUCUGUAUUCCAAGGAUCAGCUUGGGAAUAUGAUGACAAGACUGGGGAAUACUACCUCCAUUUAUAUGUCACCAAACAACCGGACUUGAACUGGGACAAUCAAACAGUCCGCGAUGCUGUGUGGGAUGUGAUGCGCUUUUGGAUCAACAGAGGAUGUGAUGGUUUCAGGAUGGAUGUCAUCAAUAUCAUCUCUAAAACUGAAGGGUUGCCCGACGCCCCAGAGGUGGAUCCUACCCAGUACUAUCAGCCGGCGAGCAUGUACUUUGCUAACGGGCCUAGAGUCCAUGAGUAUAUAAAGGAAAUGAACCAGGAAGUUCUCUCCAAACAUGACCUGAUCACCGUGGGCGAGACUCCGUUUACCCAUGAAGCAUCAGAGCUUGCAGCAUAUGUUCUUCCUAAAAACAAAGAACUCAAUAUGGUCUUCCAUUUCGAGUUGAUGGAUCUCGACUCCCCAGACUAUUCGCCGUUGGCGCACAAAGCCUGGAAACUAACCGAGCUCAAGGCGAUUGUCAGGAGAUGGCAGCAAUACAAACGCGAGGAAGGGUUCUGGAAUGCCGUGUUCAUCGAGAACCAUGACCAUUCACGCUCGGUAUCUCGCUUCGGGAACGACUCUUCAACGUGGCGGUCGAUUUCAGCCAAGAUGCUCUCGAUUAUGGAGAUUACUCAGACGGGCACCCUUUACGUUUACCAAGGACAGGAACUCGGCUUGAAGAACUUCCCCCGCAGCUGGGGCAUUGAGGAAUACAAGGACGUCGCAUCGCAAAAUUACUGGAACCUUAUUUUGGAACAGCGAAAGAAGGCGUCUGGUGGGAAAGAAGUGGACAUGUCUGACAUGCUCGACGAUUUCCAACGUAAGGCGCGCGAUCAUGCACGCAUGCCUAUGCAAUGGGACGACACGAAACAUGCGGGGUUCACGACUGGUACGCCCUGGAUGCGCGUGAACGACGAUUUUGUAGAAUGCAAUGCGUCUGCCCAAGCGGGUGAUAAGGAUAGCGUGUUGAGUUUCUGGAAACGUGCGAUUGGCACGCGGAAGCAGCAUGAUGUUCUUAUCUACGGAGACUUUGAGCUCUUGCUUGCUGAGAACGAGCAAGUCUUUGCGUACAAGCGCACCCUAGGGCCUUCUUCCGCUUUGGUGUUGCUGAACUUCCAAGAGGCAGAAGCGACCGUUUCGUUAGCUGAAGUCGGAGAACUGACUGGGUAUAAGUUUGUUCUUGGCAAUUAUGGGGAGGAAGAGCGGGGUGGAUUGCGUGAGACGGCGUCGUUGAGGGGAUAUGAAGGCCGGCUUUAUGUAAAGUAAGAUUUUUGACUGUACUUUUGGAUGCUCAAACAAUCACGUUGCUUCUCCGAGUCGCUGGAGGGAAAUUUCAGGAUAGCGGUUAUCGAAUAUGAGCGACGUGUUGGUAUAGACAGUCUUUGAUAAACGUCGAAGAGGAAGCUAGCCAUAAUUAACUCUGUAGACGCUUUUCAGUGACUGGACCUU